AUGAAAGGUCAAAAUCCUAAUCGUUCUAAUUCUCAAAAGAAUGGUCAUCGUCGAUCCAAUUCUCGUUAUAACAAUAAUGGGAAUAAUGGGAAUUCUAAUGGUCAACCAUCAGUAAAUUCUAAUGGAGAUGAAGAAGCAGGUAAUAAUAAAUUAAUCUUUUUAAUAUCCAAAUCUCUUGGAAAAAAAUGUAUUGCAACAUUAACUAAUGGAGCAAGAUAUCAAGGGAUUUUAAUUAGUGGAGAUUUAUCAUCUCAUUCAAAUUCUGCUUUAUCAAUUGUAUUACAUCAUCCUAUCCUUAUAUCAAAAGGUUUAAUUAAUGAAAAGAGUAAUAUUGAUAAUGAAUUACCAGAAAAAUUGAUAGUUCAAUCAAUGGAUUUAAUUGAUUUAGAAGUUGAUGAAAUUGAUAUUAAUGAUCCAAUUAAGAGAUCAAUUAAUUCUAAACAAUCACCUCAAUUAUCAUCACAAUCUCAAACUUCAGAUAUUUCUUCUAAAUUUAAAACUGAUACUGAUAUAUCAGGUCGAUUAAAUGUUAGAGAACGUGAAUUAGAAAGAUGGGUUCCUGAUGAAGAUUUAACUCAUAAUCCAGCUUUAACAUUAAAUGCUGAUGAUCAUAAAUCUGGAGCUUGGGAUCAAUUUAAAGUAAAUGAAGAAAAAUUUGGAGUUGAAUCAAGUUAUGAUGAACAUUUAUAUACCACUAGAAUUGAUACAUCAGCUGCUGAUUAUGAAGAUCGAGUUAAACGAGCAGAAAGAAUUGCUCGAGAAAUUGAAGGACAAGUCACAUCUGAUAGACAUAUUUUAGAAGAAAGAGGAAUUCAAAUUGAUGAUAGUGGAAUAGAUGAAGAAGAUAAAUAUUCUGGAGUUGAUAGAAGAGGUGAUGAAUUAAUGGCUGCACUUAGAAAUACUAGUAUUUCUAAUGAUAAUUCUAAUAAUUCUUCUUUUACUAAAUUAAUUCCAGGUAAAUAUGUUCCUCCAAGACAAAGAGCUGCUCAAUAUCAUAAUGAUCCAGCAAUUAUUGCAAGUUCUGCCAUUAGUAAACCUAAUGCAGUCUCGGAAUCUCCUACUUCAACUCCAAUACCAACUUCUGAAUCUCCUGUACCUAGUGCUAGUAUAAGUGGAGAUAUUUCUAGUAGUAAAGAUCCAGAAUCUAUUGCUCAAUCUCAUGCUAAAUCAGUUAAUAUUACUAAUUCAAAAAUUACUAGUAAACCUGAAUCAAUUCCUCCUAAACCAGUUGUGGGAACUCCUCAACCUCAUAAUGAAUCAUUUAGAUUAAAUGCUCAAAGUGAGAUUAAUUCAUUACGAGAAUUCAGUGCUAACUUUAAGAUUCCUCAUAAAUUACCUUCAGAUUUAUUACCAAUCUUGACUAAGGAUAAAUUGAAACAAGAUGAAAUCUUAAAGAAGCAACAUGAACAACAAGCACUUAAGAAGGAAAGAGAAGAAAAAGAGAAAGAAAAGGAACAACAGCCUGUUCAAACUCAAACUCAAACUCAACAAGAGGUUCAAAAGAAGAAAUUGGAUCCAUCUAAGCCAGCAUUUAAAUUGAAUCCUAAAGCAGCUGUAUUUACUCCAUCAAGUAAACAUAAUCAAUUAUCUCCAACUCCACCUAAAGCUAAUUAUCAAAGAUCUCCUAAUAAUCCUUCUCCAAGAAUGUCAACUUCAAGAGCUUAUUCUCAAUCAAAUGGUAGUUCAGGAAGUUCAUUAACUAUUAAAAGACAUCAUCAAAUUUCUCCUGCAGAUUUCUUUGGUGGAGUUCAUAAAAUUCCUACUAAAGAAAGUCAACAAGAGAAGAGUAAAUCAUUUCAUUUAUACUUUAAUUUAUUUGUAACUACGAGAAAGAAGUAUGAAGAAAAAGAAAAGAAUGAUGAAACUGGGCCAUUGAUUUAUGAAAAGGCAUUUCAAACGCCUCCAACUUGGGAUUCAACUAUUGAUGAUACUCAUGAAAAGUUAUUCCCUGUAUUGAAUACUUUCCAACAAGGUGCACCAGUAGUUAUUCCAAAUACAAAUCAAUUUAUUCCAAGUCCAUUAAUGUCUCAACCUUCUAUACCGACAGGAUAUCCAAGUCCAGUUAAUUCCAAAUUCCCAUUAUCUCCUCAUCAACAACAGCAACAACAAGCUGCUGCAGCUGCUGCUAUGGCACAUUUCCAACAACAACAACAACAAUUCCAUGCUGCUAUGUUAUAUCAACAACAAUUUCCACCUCCAGGUCAACCACCAAUUUCUAUGUAUCCAGGUGGAGAACCAGCAUUUUUACCACCAGGAGGAUUUAUGCCACCACCAGGCGGUUAUGUUUCAGGAGGUAGUCCAGUUAAUGGGAACCUUAUGUUAGGAGGAGGAGUUUAUAAUCCAAAUAAUGGAGCACAUAAUAAUGGACAUCAUGGUUAUAACAAUCAUCAUCACUCUGGUAGUGGGAGAAGAUAUUCAAAGAGAGGUAGUCAUAGUUAA